CGAGCGUAGGCAGGGUGCCAGUCAGCAUGACCAGUGUGCAUUGACUCCAUUUAAUGAAAGCCAGGAAAGAACACAUUACACAGUGUUUCUUCAGAGAGCCAGCUAGCCUUCAGUGAUUGCAAUCAAUAAAAACACUCUGCAAGGGGCCCACAGGGGGAGAGACCGAGAGACACAGAUUGAGAGAGAGGGAGAGAUCUCUGCUCAGCUCGCCUGACACUCUCUCCCUUCCCCCUCCAACAAAAACAAGUGGAACUUUUGGAAGUCAGAAUACAAGCUGGUCUCCUUUCAGAAGACAGAACAGCUCGGCGUCUCUCCUCACGUAGGUCCAUGCCAAGAACGGUGGGGACCGAGCUCGGGAUGACUUCUUUUCAGCCCGGGAUGUGAAACUUCCAACGAGUGCUGCAUCCGCGACACAUCCCAUUCCCGGAGACGGCGAGGAGAAGGAAGCCAUGGGAUGGGAUCCAGCGAAACAAUUACAGGAUGGGUGAUCUAUCGGCAUUUACCAGAAGCUGCACCCAUUCACUUCCAAGAGGCUGCAUGUGCCAGGAGGCCGCCUUUAAAGCUCAGCUGGUGACCAGCUAAGAAGCCACUGACCUGUAUCACUAUGUGGAGUUGUGAAGAUUUUAAUUACACCGACAACAACCAAGACCAGCGUUUGUGCCAUGAUUUCCACCUUGUUCUCUUCAUCUUCUCCAUCUUCUACCUCAUCGUCUGUUUCCCAACCAGUCUCUGCUACAAUGUGCAGCUUGUGCUCGUUAACUUAUAUAACAAGGCGACUAUGACCAUGCCAGAUGUCUAUUUCGUCAACAUGGCCAUCGCUGGACUGAUCAUCAAUGCCGUGGCUCCGGUCUACCUUCUAGGGCCUGAGUACACCAAGUGGUCACUGUGGAGCUUCGGGAACGAGGUUUACAUCACUUUACUGAUUCUUUUUAACGUGUCGUCUUUGGUGAUCAUGUACUCGACGACUUUGCUCAGCUUGGAUUACUACAUAGAGUGUGCCCUGCCAAGGACAUAUAUGUCAAGUGUCUACAACACGAAGCACGUGUGUGGGUUCAUUUGGGGUGGAGCGGUGCUGACUAGCUUCUCUUCGCUCCUCUUCUACAUCUGCAAUCAUGUCUCUACCAAAAUCAUUGAGUGUUCAAAAAUGCAGAAUCGAGAGGCAGCCGAUGCCAUCAUGGUGCUCAUUGGGUAUGUGGUGCCAGUUCUUGCAGUACUUUACGCUUUGGUGCUCAUCUUGCAGAUGCGGAAAGAAACAACUCCCCUGGACCAGGACUCGGGUAGACUGGACCCUUCAGUCCACCGCCUGUUAAUUGUCACUGUCUGCACACAGUUUAUUUUAUGGACGCCAUAUUACGCCACCCUCAUGGUGAACACUUUUACAGACGUUCGCGUGAAGUCCACUGACCAUCGUUUCAUGAGGACAUUUCACUUCAUUGAAGGACUCGCCAGCUUCUUGGCCUUUUCAAGCAGCGUCGUCAUACCUCUAUUACACAGACAUAUUAACAAAAACUUUCACAACAAGUUACAGAGGUUGCUUAAAAAACUGCACUGUGGGAGUCAGGGGUGCCCGCAUGAGCGCACGGUAGUCCAGCAGGUGAUGACUUAAGACAUAAGCUCCAGAUGGUAUUACGAUUAGGCGGUCCUCCACCAGUAUGUCCUAAAUGAGUGGAUCAAGGGUGGAAUUGUUUUAGCUUUGAGCCUUGGCAUGACCACACAGCACAUAUCCUAAUUCAUGUCCGGAUUAUCUUAAUUUGUUUAAUCCUAAUUAUGAAAACUGGUUAUAUACUGGCAUGUUU